CGCGACAACUACACAUCGGUUCUUCGAGCUCUUGUUAUCCCAUACACUACUCGAAGAACUGACGUGUAGUUGCCGCGGGAGGAGGCCUGGAAGAGCCAAAGUAGGUCUUACGACUAUACUUACCAUGAAGAAGUAAAAAGUGCUAGAGACUUCGUUGUUGCAUCAUACGAACAAACUUGGAAGCCGCUUUCAUUUGAAUAUAAAAAAAGUUAUGUUUUGUUAGAUUUUUAGCUGGUCUAACACGCUAUACGACGACCCCGGUCGAUGAUUAGAACUGUCGUGUACGAUCGUAUAUUAUAACAAAUAUUGCAGCAUACGACGGUGGAUAUUGCAGUAUACGUCAAAAUACGACGGUACUUACGGCAAAAUACGAUGAAGUAAUGCGAGGAGAAGGAUUACAUCAUCGUAUUUUGACAUGAUCAUUUACAACGAUCGUAUACAGUAUUUCAACGUAAACGACCUCGUUUACGAUGGACGUAAUACGUUGGCCCGGUUUACGUCAAAAUACAACGAAAUACUAUCUCAUUUCGAAAAAAGAGCAUGAUAGUUUUGAGUAGAAAGCUUUAAAAAUCAGUUCCCCUUAGCAGAAGUGACGCUUAACAAGCAAAAAGCAAAAACCAGUAUCUAAAAACAUGAAAUUCCGAAAGUUUUUUAAAAUAAUUCUCGAGGCUCAUAUUCUAUAUCCCGAAAAGGAUAUUUUACUUUUUUAUGAUUUAGAGGUGUUUUAGAGCUGUAAUUUUUUAAUAAAUCCGAUAAUUGUUUUUUCCUUGAAUAUGGAUGAUUUGAAGAACAUUAUACUCUUGCAAUAAAAUUGAGAUUCUGUUGGCCAACGUAUUGCGGAGAGUUCUGUUUUGCAUUCCGUCCAUUGAUUGUGAUGGUAAAAAGUUUCUUAUAAUCGAUGAUUUAUAGCGCCGUAUUUUCUAAAGAGCCACACAACAAACCUAAAAUUUGAAUCUAAAUUAAUUUAUAAAGCAAUUGAAUAUAAUUGUUUUCAUGGUGGUAAACAACGUAAACGGAGCAAAGGUCUAAGGCCACAUCAGCAUUAUAUGGCCUUAGAUUGUGAAGCUAGAAUUCGUCUGUAUAAUGCCGAUGGAUUUCUAAAAAUCACAAAAUUAGAACUGAGUCAUAAUGAUCAACCUGAUCCUCAAAAUUUGAAAUAUUACUCUAGUCAUCGUUGUUUCGAUAAGAAAGCAAUCGAAGUCAUUAAAUCAUUUGACAAACAUCAAGUCCCACGCACCAUCAUCCGCAACAUGAUAAUGAGCGCAAAUAAAACAAAAUUUACUACUGUAAAAGAUAUUUCAAAUGCAUUAAAUAAAGUAAGAACGAAUAAUUUACCAUCACAAGCAAUACACAAAAUUCUUAGCGAUAUAAAAGCUUUAGAUACUGUAAGUACUUAG